AUGGAGGAGCGAUUGAGGAGGCUCCCGAUAGAAGCUGAGUUGUUAAAAGAGGAAAUGCGACUAAUGAAUCUAGAGAGAGAAAAAGAACAGAGAAGCUUCUCGGAAGAGAAGACAAUAUGGGAACUCGAAAUGAUUAAGAAGGAUGGAGUGAUAAAACAAUUGUCCAAAGAGAAAGAGAAGGUCCAAAAGAAUUUUGAUGUGCUAAACCAAGAUUUUCGGGCCUUAGAGAAGAAUAUGAGAGCCCAUGGUCUACAUCAUACUGCCAAAACCCUAAAAAUAAAACUCGAUAGGGUAGAAAGAAGCGCUAGAAGUAGCCAAGAAGAAAAGAAACGAGCCAUACAACAUGCUCAGAAACUGAGAGAGCAAAGAGAUGAGGCCAACCAGGAAUUAGUACAAAGGCGAGCACAGAUUGAACAACUUGAGGCACAACUGCUUAGUAUCGAUGUGACUUUUCGAAACUCUUACAACAGUCUUCAAAAAGAAAAUGAGAUGUUAAAGAAGAAGAUAGCGGAGCUAGAAAGAGCAGGGUUGAUCCACUCAUCCGCACAAGAGGUAACCAUGCAAGAAAACGAGGCCUUUAAAGCGAAGAUUACUGAAUUAGAAGUCAUAGUGCAUAGAUGCCAUCAGCAAAUCCAACAGCUAGAAGAGAGGCGACCAUUAACUAAUCCAGAGCUUGGAAUUGCUCAGCAAUGGAUCUGGCUCGCGAUGUAG